AUGUCUGAUCUGGCAAGAAAUGAUUCUGAACUUCGACAUAAAUUAAAAAAAGAAGUAGAAACUACAUCAGUACCGAUUGAUAAAAUUGUUGAAUCAGCAUAUUCAGUUAUGAUCACAGAAGAACGAAAAACUGAUUCAGUUUCAAAAUUUCCUACUAUUAAAACAUUAAAAAAUCCUGCUAGUAAACAGCGUCGAAAAAUUAGACCUCCACUGCCAAAACAUAUCGAAGAUAUACCAUUUCCAUUUCCAACAUUAUGUACAUUAACUAAACAUAAUACAAAUUUUCUUUUAUUCGACGGACAACUAGGAGAAACAAGAGGUCUAAUAUUUGCAUCUCAGGAUGAUAUUCGAUACUUGGCAAACCAGAAAUUUUGGUAUGCUGAUGGAACAUUCUAUACUUCUCCAUCAGUAUUCUACCAAAUUUAUAGCAUUCAUGCUUAUGAUGAAGGGCUGUCAACUCCAUGUGUAUUCGCACUUAUUGCAGAUAAAAAAGAAGAAACAUAUCAAGAUUUCUUUUUAGUACUGAAGAAAAAAAUUAUCGAAACAUCCAAUAUGAUUCGACUUGAAUCAAUUACCAUUGAUUUUGAAGCAGCUGUUAAAAAUGUAUUUUAUAAAAAUUUUCCAUGUGUUCAAGUAAGAAAAAAAAAUUUCAGAUUUCACAAAUUUUCAAAAAUGAAAAGUUAG